AUUAAGUAUUCUUUUUCUUUUUUUUUUGACGUCGAAAGGCUAUUAUAUUACUCAAACUUGAGGUGGCCUGGGUAACCAAACCGGAAUAGAACAACCAAUAAAACAUAACUCCCUAUGGAAGGAUCUAGCAGUCUUAGCCAAAAAAUCAGCCGUCUGGUUGUGUGCCCGUGGGACGUGAAUGAUUUUAAAAUCCGGAAAGCAUAUCUGUAGCGUCUUUAUCCUCUCCAAUUCCGUUGCAAAGCUUGGCCAUGCCUAAGGGUCCUUCACCAUUGUUAUCAGUUCCUUACAAUCUGUCCCGAAGUUCUGGCAGUUCGAAUGUUGCAGCAUAUUCUCCAUCACCCAUCGCAGUGCCUCUACUUCCGAAUGCAAGGCUGAUUCACACCGAGGGAAAUUCCUUGUCCCCAUAAACUGUGCAUUCCCAGACCCAUCCAUCCACGCCCAUCCGCAUCCACUAAAGUUAGCAGAAGAUGUCCAAGAUCCAUCUAGCUAACUUUAGUGGAUGCGGAAAGCAUAUCUGUAGCAAAAUAUUAUUAAGUAUUCACCUAACUACAAUUUGAACAAUAAAAUAGACUGUAUAAUACCAUUAGUCAUGUACACAUAAAUUGUUAAUAAAUUUUACAAUGAACACUGAAAAUAUCAUCUAAUUAGAACAAUAUUUUUUUUAAAAAUAUCAAGUAUUAAAAAGAUGGAGAAAAUAUAUUUUUGAAACAAAAUUUUAUAGAAGAGUGUCAAAUAUUUCGAGGUUUGACUGUAGUUGAUAUUCUGGAUUCUGAAACAAAGCCUUCUUCCAGAUUCUGAACCACUUGGCUCAAAGGCAAUACCUUGGGAGAUGCAUCAACAUCAUCAUCAUUAAGUCUAUUCCUUCCAUUCAAAGUUUCAGUUGUUUCUUUGCGCAUCUCUUCACAUCUCAUUAACUCCGAGACUGACUUCACCCACCAGUCUCUGUAUCUUACAGUAACAUAACCUCUAGCAAGUCGAGAAGGCAUAUACAGCUUGAAACCUUCAAGUGACUUGUUGUAAUCAGGAAGAUCCUGAGCCAAACCGAAUUGCCUUUUCACUCGAUUCGGAUAGUAUCUCUCUAUAAAACCAUCUCCAGCAAGCUGAGAGACUCUCACACAUCUAGCAAGCGAAGCAAACUUAUAUUCAAGCCUGUUAUAACCAGUCACCCACUUAGCUUCUUCAAUGUAAACCAGAAGUGGGUUCUAGUUCUUCAAAGGCUUAGUGUAUGGACGCCACUCGAAAUCAUCAAACCUUAACCUCACAUUCUUAUGUCUUUGUUGAAGACUGUCCCACUGAGCUAUUCUUGGCUCACCUUUGGGUAUAUCUCUAGCUUUUCGUCUUAGGUUCUUGAACCUCUCCCAAGUCCACACUUGAACUAACUUCAACGUUGUCCAAAAACAAGAACUAACUUCAACAAAGACUUAAAAAAAUAUAAAAAUAUGUUUCCGAUUUAUAAUUUUCAAAUUCAAACUUUUUUAUAAUUUUUUUUUGAUUUUUUUUUCAAAAUUUCUUUUUGAAAAUCAAAAGUUAUGUUUGAAACUUAUUUUAAUUUUUUUUAUAUUUUUAAGUAUUUAUUUAUAUAUUUAUUAAAAUCCUAAAUUUCACAUUUCAAAAACUCUACCACAACUCUCAACUCUAAACCUUAAGUUUAGAUUAGUUAAAUCUAGAGGUAUAAAUGUUUUUUUUUAUUUUAAUUAGUGUAAACAUGAAAAUUGGUAAUAUGAAUGUGGUAUUUGUGGCAAUUUACGUAAAGAUAAUAACAAUAUAUAUAUCUUGAAACUAUACGACGAUAAAAAGAGAGCUUAUAGAGGAGGGGAGGCCGAUUAGGGUUUGAUCGACAAUGGAUCAGCAAGAAGAAACAAUCGAACAAAUCAACAAAAAAAAAAGAAUACAAUCAACAUCCUCUUUUCCUCUCGAUCUAAUCUCAGAGAUACUCUCAAAGUUGCCUGCGAAAUCUGUUGGCAGGUGUCGUUGUGUUUCAAAGCUCUGGUCAUCAAUCACCACCGCUCCGUACUUCAUCAACAAGUUCGAAACUCAAUCCAGACAAAAGAAGCCAAGUCUUCUUGUCACCUUCAAAAAAGGUGACAGGUUGUUUGUUUUCUCGAUUCCACAAGACCGCCAGUCUUCAGACGAACCUCAUACAAUUCCUUCUCAGCCUGUUCACAGUUAUCAUAUGACAUACCCUAAAUCACGUCGCUUCUUUCCUAGGGCAUCUGUCCACGGCUUGAUCUGCUGCUUUCAAAAAGCAAAAAAACUCAUAAUCUGGAACCCUACAACGAGAAAGUUUUACACCCUAACCAAACCCGAAAAAAGAUUGAGGAAGUAUGCAACAUUCUUAUUAGGAUAUGAUCCAACUGAUGCUAAAUACAAAGUUUUGUGCAUUCGUUUUUGUGACACCACUGACGAGGGUUGUGUUUUAACAUUGGGAUCAGCUCAAGAAUCAUGGAGAAGGAUCAAAACCAACCAUAAGCAUUAUGUUAACACUUACCCUGCCUAUGUAUGCACUAACGGCUUUAUUUAUUAUACAGCAUAUACUGACAAGACAGAUAGAGUUGGCUUUAUAAUGAGCUUUGAUGUCAGAUCUGAAAAGUUCCGUAUGAUAAAAUAUCCGUGGGAUACUUUCUGGUAUUUUUCUGUACUCAUAUAUCAGGGAACGCUCGCUUGUCUUAGAAGUAAUAGUCCAGGUCAUACCAUGACAUUGUGGAUUUUACAGGACGCAGAGAAACAUGUUUGGUCUCCUAAAGACUUUCUUGUGCCUUUUCAUUACUAUGAUCAGAGUUUGAAACUAGUUUGCAACUUAAUUGGUAUCACGGAUGCAGGCGAGAUUGUUUAUGUACCAGAAAAGUGUUACAAAUCGUUUUAUGUUAUAUAUUAUGAUUCGGAGAGAAACAAGUUCCACAGAGUUGAGUAUAAAGGAAUCGCAGACGAUGAAUCAAGGCUCAAGAAUGGACUUGUAAGAAGUCGUCUGUUUAAUAUCCCUAUUGUCAGGAAUCACAUGGAGAGUCUCAUGUCUUUUUAACACUUGGAACAAUUCCUGUUUUUUUUUUCUUUUGUAGAAUGACGUUUAAUUAAUGCGAUUUCUUGAUUUAUCGUAUCUUAUAAUGGUUUUACAUUUUAAUUGUAAUCUAGAGAGUUUUUGUUCUUCGUAAUAUCAUCAAAGUUCUUCUACGAUGUUAUAAGAAACUAGCUUUUGUUAUAUUAAUCUGAUCAGAAGAUGUAUAAAAAACAAGUCAUAUUCAAACAAAUACUAAGGCUAAGGCAAACUGCUGCUCAGUGGAUAAGAAUAUUACUGGGGUAUGGCUUGAACUGCCUCUUCUGGAAAUCACUGCAUGUGGUUCGCCUUUGGGACCUUAAGACACUGUCCAGGUUUUCAAAUGUGGCACCCAAAAACCACUUGGAUCCCGAAUAACCCGAAUACAUCACUUAUAUCCAAACCCGAAAAUAUCUUAUUAUAUAAAGCUUGGUUCUUCGAAGUUGCUAAUUAACAUGAUCGCGACACAUGGCAAUUAUAUAUUUAAGAUUGUGACAUGUGUUAAUCUAUCUCAUAAUUAAAAAUAUAUAUACUAAGAUAUUAACAAAAACGAAUAUUAAAAAUCUUAUUAUAUAUAUUAUUUAAUAGUAAUUUUCCUUUUUUUAAAUCCUAAUCAAAAGAUAAUUGGAAAAGAUUAUUUGAUAAUAAUUAUCCUUCUAAUAUUGUGACAUGUGUAUAAAUAUAUAAAAGAUUAAAAAUAUAUAUAAGAUAAUAAAAACGAAUUUUGAAAAACUACUUUUAAAAAUUAGUUAAUAGUAAAAACGAUUUUUAAAAAAUAUUUAGUAGUAAUGUUUUUAGAAAUUUUCCUUUUUUAAAAUCCUAAAAAAUAGUAUAAUGUUGUCAUUGAUUCGAUUGGUGUAUUUAACGUUCAUUUCGUUUUUACUUUUCAUUUAUUAUUUUGGAUUGUGUUCAGUUUAAAUGUUUAUAUAUCGUAUUUUCUCUAAUCUUUAGUAUAAAUUUUAUAACAACUCAUCUAUAGACCAUGAUUAUAAAAUACAAAUAUUAACUUGAACUUAUGUAUGAAAAUAUUUUAAUUAUAAAAUAAAUCUCAAACAACAUAUGCAAAAAACAAUGAUAAUACUAUAAUAAAAUGAUUUAUUAUGUUAUGAUUUUUAUUAAAUCAAAACAUCAAACAAAAAUCCGGUUGCAACGCAACGGGCUCAUAUCUUGUUUAUUAUAAAGCAUAUACUGACAAGAUAGAGAGAUUUAGCUUUAUAAUGAGAUUUGAUGUCAGAUCUGAAAAGUUCCAUAUGAUAAAAUUUCCGUGGAAUGAUAUUAAGUAUUGUGGUGUACUCACAUAUUAGGGAACGUUGGCUUGUCUUGGAAGUAAUCUUCCAGGUGAUGGCAUUACAUUGUUAAUUUUACAGGAUGCAGAAAAAACAUGUUUGGUCUCCUAAAAACUUUCUUGCGCCUUUAUCUUACUAUGAGCGGAGUUUGAAAAUAGUUUGCAACUAAGUUGGUCUCACGGAUGCAGACGAGCUUGUUUAUGUACCAGAAAGGUUUUGUAAAUCGUUUUAUAUUAUAUACUAUGAUCUAAAGAGAAACAAGUUCCACAGAGUUGAGUAUAAAGGAAUCGCAGAAGAUGAAUCAAGGCUCAAGAAUGGACUUGUAAAAAGUCGUCUGUUUAAUAUCCAUAUUGUCUCGAAUCACAUAGAGGGUCGGCUUUGGGACCUUAAGACACUGUCCAUGGUCUUUCAAAUGUUCUCUGUCUUCACUAAUUUUAAUGAAAGAGAAAAUAAACCGAUUUAGUUUAUUCAUUUAUUGGUGUUCUAUAUAGUUAAGCAAAACAAACGGAACCAAAACUAAAACAUGCAAUCUCAAUAUUCUAAGUCUGAGAUGGAAAAAAAAACGAACCAACCCGAAUUGAUCCAACUAAACCCAAACCGAACAAAAUAUCUGUUCCAACCAUUUGGUUAAAUGUUUUAUCAAUCCAAACGAUUCGAUUUGAUUUGUGAUUUUAAACCAAACCGAACUGAAAAAUCGAAGUGUUUAUUUAAUUUUAUUAGUUAAAUAUAUUAAUAAUAUUGAUAUUUAAGGUAUUGAACCAUCUAACUUAAAUAUCUAAACAUAAUUUUAUACAUUUUACUUCUAAGUAAAUACAAUUAACAAUAAAAAACAAAAUAUCUCAUACACUAUCAUCAAAACAUAAAUACUACUUAUAGUACUUAUAUUAAGUUCAAAGAUAAUAAAAUAAAAUUAUUAGAUUACCUCUUCUACAUUUUCAUUGUAUAACAAUGUGUAGUUUUACGUUUAAACAUUAAAAAAAAUUAGUGUCAAAUGAUUAUUUUGUAUGUAUUAAAAUUAUAUUUUUGUAACUGAAUUAGAAAAAAAACUAAAAAAAUUGAUUAAAUUAUACAAACACUAACAAAACUGAACUAAAUAAAACCAAACGCAAACCAAAAAAAUUAAACCAAACCGAACACAAACAAACUAACUUCGGUUCAUUUUAUUAAAAUUUUGUUAGAUCCAAACAAAAUUAAAUCGAAUCGAACCUAAAAUCAGUCCGAAUUUAAACCGAAAUGUCCACCCCUAUUUAAAAGUCUCAACCAUAAAUAGAUUCAAA